AAACAGGUUGGCGAAGAAGAAGAAGCUGGGGGUUUGUUGUGAUUCCGGAUGAAAACGUCCGGCGGGCGAGAGGCGGCAGCAUGUCGGUGCACUUUGAGGAGAGGAGCGGCGUGGUCCCCUGCAAGACACCGUGGGGGUCCUGGUACCAGACCAUGGAGGAGGUCUUCAUCGAGGUCCACGUGCCGCCUGGGACCUCUGCGAAGGAGGUGAAGUGCCGCUUAGGAAGCAGGGACAUCGAGCUGCAGGUCAGGGGCAAGGAGGUGUUUAAGGGAAAGUUGUUUGACGUGACCGUGUCUGACGAGGCUACGUGGACGCUGGAGGACAAAUGUCUCAUUCGGAUCGUCCUGAUGAAGACCAACAGAGAGGCGGGGAACUGCUGGUCCUCGCUGCUGGAGGGCGAGUACUGCGCCAACGCCUGGGUCCAGGACCAGAUGCAGAGGAAGCUCACGCUGGAGAGGUUCCAGAGAGAGAAUCCUGGAUUUGACUUCAGCGGAGCCGAGAUUUCUGGAAACUUUGCUGGCGGGGGUCCAGAUUUUUCCAGCUUGCAGAAGUGAUGCUCCCCCUCCUCCACAUUUGCAGCUGUGGAUGUACGUGGUGCCUUUUUUCCCCACUGAGGACGGAGGAAACUGGUCCCAGCCCAAAAAAAAAAAAUAUAUAUGUAUUUACCAACAUGCAGAGACUUUAUGUAGAGACUCUUCUCAGCAGCUUUUACUGGAUUGUCUCACCCACAGAGGACUUUUGCUAAGCCUGGCUUUGCAAGUCGUGUGACUCGUUACCAGAAAAAAAAAAAAAAAAAAAGACUACAUGUAAAGGUGGUGUUGCCUUUAAAUAACGAGAAUUCAAGGUAGCUUUUCAAUAAAUUUUUAUUGAAAGGUGCACAAACAUAAGUUCAGAGGGUGUGUUUCUUUGACCGUUUUCAACUCUAGAACACUGUUUAUUUUUUAUUUAUUUCUCCUCACUAAUAAAAUGAACUACGCUGGGGAACUGGUAAAGAAAAUGCAAAACACAUUCCAACCCACAUCUCCACUGCAGCGGCCACUUUUUACUCAACCAACAAAAAACCAACCGAGCGAUGGUUAUGGAGGCUCCAUGCGACCCCCGGGAACUCGGGUUAAAAACGAAAACAGCUCGGUUUCGCUGCCGCCGAUGACACUUCAGCUCAAAACACCUGCUUCGGUCUGCUGGUAUAAACCAGGCUUCCCUCGCCACGUUAAAAGAAAAGAAAAAAAAAAA